AAUAAAAUCCACCACCCAUGUUCAGAACAUUCACUAGAAUCACUACACCCGUGGUGGCCGGAGUGGUUGCGUUCGGCGUAUUCCCCUUCAGAAAGAGCCAGUUUGAUACCCACGAAUCCAAAAGCAACCAGCAGAUCCUCGACACCAUCAAACAGCUUCCUCUCUACAACUCCCUCGUACAAGACCCAACCUUCACCCUACAAGAUCCCCGAAAACAGUUCCCCAAACAACAUCACCAGAACAUGGUGACAGCUGGGAUUCUUUAUGGGAAGGACUUGUUCGAGGUUGACCCGGUGGUUUUCUCUAACGGAAAAGGUGAUCUUUUUGCAUUUAAUUACCUUGGUGAAAAACUCACCAGUGAGGACGGACAAAUCCAUAACGGAGUUACGUCCACCAUGCUCGAUGAAGGAUUAUGCAUGGCCGGAUUUCCAUUGUUGCCAUCCAAAAAAGGAGUGACUGCCAAGUUAUCGAUAAAUUUCCAAAACCAGGCCCCUCCCAACUCAAUAGUAUUGUUGAAAGCACAUGUGACUGAACAGAAGGGUAGAAAAGCGGUGGUAGAGGGGUCAAUCGUAACUGUGGACCAGAAACCGGUAACAAUAGCAACCGCAACCUGCAUUGUGGUUGAGCCCAAAUGGUUCAAGUAUUUGUCGUGGCUCCUGUUCAUUUAGGGUUAUUGGGUUGCUAUUGGCCCCAAAGUUGCUUCUCGAUGGGGGAAUUUGGCAAUAUUGAAAAACAUGCAUGUGACGAAUAGUAAGGUGUUGCUGUGGGAGUAAGAGUAUAAAUAGAGGUGGCUUUACGUACUAGUAUUUUUCAUACAACUAAAAAAGCAAAACUAAUAAUGUCAGACAUCGGUAGAAAGAAUAUUUCAGAUAAAAUUGAAUCCAAGAUCACCCCAGACUCCCAAAAAUCGGGCUUCCAACAAGCCAAGGACAAGGUCACCGACACGGCUGACGAUGUGGUUGGUGGAAACACUGCCAGUGAUGGCAAGUCCUGGACUCAACAAGCCAGUGACGCUGUUUUCGGAGAAAAGAAGCUGAAAUUGAGCAAGUGUUUUUGCAAGAAGUGUUGGCCAAUCUUCAUUGCUAUGGUGUUGCACCGCAGCCAUGAGCGAGCCUAUUUACGUCUCAGUCUCAUUACACCAAACAUGACAGUAAAGGCAAAUAAUGCUGAACAAGCGUACUUGGACUUGUGUAGAAGGAUUAUAAACGAAGGUGAACACCGGCCAGAUAGAACUGGUACCGGUACCAAGUCGCUUUUUGCUCCUCCACAAUUGAGGUUCGAUUUGGCUAACGAUACUUUCCCAUUGUUAACCACCAAGAAAGUAUUCACAAAAGGUAUCAUCCACGAAUUGUUAUGGUUUAUUGCCGGGUGCACUGAUGGUAAGAAGUUGUCGGACUUGGGAGUCAAGAUCUGGGAAGGAAACGGCUCAAGAGAAUACUUGGACUCUUUAGGGUUGACUCAACGCAGAGAAGGUGAUUUAGGACCCGUGUAUGGUUUCCAGUGGAGACACUUUGGUGCCACAUACACCGACUGUGAUGCCGACUACACGGGCCAGGGGAUUGACCAAUUACAAGAAAUCAUCAAACGGUUAAAAACCAAUCCUUACGACAGAAGAAUCAUCAUGUCUGCUUGGAAUCCGUCCGAUUUUAGUAAGAUGGCCUUGCCUCCAUGCCACGUCUUCUGCCAGUUUUACGUCAAUUUCCCCCAAGGUGGCAAGCCCAAAUUGUCGUGUUUGAUGUACCAGCGCUCGUGUGACAUGGGUUUGGGAGUUCCUUUCAAUAUCGCUUCUUAUGCUCUCAUGACCAAGAUGAUUGCACAUGUGGUAGAUAUGGACUGUGGAGAGUUCAUACACACCAUGGGAGAUUGUCACGUCUACCUCGAUCAUGUGGAUGCUUUGAAGGAGCAGAUGGAGAGGACUCCAAGAGACUUUCCCAAAUUGGUGAUUAAGUCGGACAGAAAAGAUGAGAUCAAAUCGAUAGAUGACUUCAGGUACGAGGACUUUGAAAUCACCGACUACAAGCCAUAUCCGCCUAUUAAGAUGAAGAUGAGUGUUUGAUGUGAGGUGGAGUUUGAAACAUUAUGUACAUUAGUUAUUGAUGGUAUAUCUUCGACUAGUUCUCUUGGCGCCAUCAGUAAAAUCGUCGACUGAAAUAUCAUCGUUUUUCUUCGACUGGACCUUGUGAGGCAAGUUCGGUUUAUUGGAAUCAACUCUACUCAUGGGGGUUCUGUGUUUCUCUUUCUUCACACAUGUGUAGUAGUCGUCGGUAACAGCAUCCACAAAAUGCGCAGACUCGCGUCUCAUUUUCUUCCCAAGAGACGGUUCUUUGUAGUCCACUGGUUUUCUGUGUCUCGAAGACCGUUUGGGGACCUCCUGGCUGAGAAACGGCAUCGACAUCCUAGAUCUCCCAGACUUCGUGAUCCUGGAAACAGGUUCUUGCAGAGCAGCUUUGACAGUAGGUUCCUCCAAAGAAGACAUGGUGUGUCUUUUUGCAGACUCAAAGUUAAGCUUUUGUGGAACCCUCUUUCUGUUGACCGUUGGAGAAGGAGACGACAUGUCGCUUUCCAGAGUCGCUGGAGGCGUUCUGUUUUCUUUAUCUUCUUGUGGCAAUGCUUCUGUGAUCUCCACUCUGUCUUCAGCUUCCUUUUCCACCUCUGGAGUCACAUCUUCAAAGAUCUUGAUGGGCCUGCCAAUACUCCGUCUUCUGGGUCCGGGUCCCAAACUGUAUCUUCUCAACCGAACUGUACUUUUUGCGGGUUCCUCUGCCACUUCACCUAGCCGAGGUCUUUUGUGAGUGCUAAGUCCCUCGCGUUCUCUGAAAGUUUGAAUGCAGUGGUAUAUGUCAUUGAUCUUCUCAGUGAGCGCUGAUUCUAAUAGAUCCAAUUUGGCUUCCAACUGAAGCUUCACAUCCAAUUCGGUCUUGUUAGCUCGUAACAGCACAUUUUCGUUAAUUAGGUCCGCCACACGCUUCUCCAUUUGCAAAAGUUUGGUAGUCAUUAUUUCGUUAUUUCUCGUUAAAGUCUUAUUUUGAAGCACAUACUUCUCGGUAUUUAUGUCUUCCUUUUCGGUGGUCGCUUGAAAGCUAUUCUCCCGUUCCUUUUCCCUGGUCUUUUCCUGGGCAAGGUGCACAAAAGAUAAAGAACUUGAAGAUGGCCUGGCCAUAACUACAAAGUGAAAUCUUUUGUUUAC